GCCGGUGUGGAGAGGAAGGGGGGGGGGGGAUCUGUGGAAAAAGACAGGUUGAGCAAUUUAUUUUCAGGCGUGACAUUUUUUAUUGACAGGACAUCUCUCUAGGCAGGGUUCACAUGCUUGGGACCGAGGCUUUUAACUUGGCAGUGCCGUUUAAGCAAACAAAUCCACUCAGCCGAAUGCAAUGAUUAACAGGAAGCUGAGCGCAGGCGGUCACAGCCCGGCUGGGAGAAGAGACCGGGUUUGAAGUUUCAGGGCUACUUGCAGAAUGGUCAGCUCAGCCGCUGGUGACUUUGCUGUGGAAAGAAGGGGGCGCCCCGGCCCCCGGGAGUGGUUUUGUUCAGUAAUAAAGAUCCGGGGAGUGGAGGGAAGCAACCCAGCGCGGCAAAUGCAAAGAAGCUACCUCAGAAAUGUGUCAAAGAAAAGUGAAAACGCAACUGAACUGUAAAUGAAGACGGAAGGGGAGGGGAGCAAGGAUAGAAGACAAAAGAUGUUAGUCGCUGACAAGAGUCGCAUUCGCCGCAGGGACCAUGCAGGAGCCUGGAGACACUGUAAGUUAAAGGCGUUGAAGUGCUGAUCUUAUCUCAGAAUUUCAGACCUCCCGCUCACUGCUCACUUCCUGGUUCUCACGAUGGUCUCCUGUAAGUACUCUCUUUUCAGCGUAUCUCUUCUUAGUGCUCUGAUUUUUGUAUUUGUUUACAACAACAAAUUACAGGAGGACAGGCGUUUUCUGAGGGCAGCUCUGCUUAAUGCUUCGCUCCUAGCAGAAACCUGUGUUGAGCUGCUUAAGGGGGAGGUUUUCCACCUAACGGAAAAUGCGCUGAAGACAACCCUCGCGGAGGCCACCUGUUCUGAGUACAGGGUCCAGAGUCAUUACAUAACGCAAACUCUCUCCGAAGAAGAAGCUGCCUUUCCUCUGGCCUUCACGAUGACUGUUCACAAAGACUUUGGCACUUUUGAGCGACUCUUCAGGGCGAUCUACAUGCCCCAGAAUGUCUACUGUGUGCACGUGGACAGGAAGGCAACAGCGACGUUCAGGCUCGAGGUGGAGCAAUUGCUGAGCUGCUUCCCAAACGCCUUCCUGGCUUCCAGGACAGAGCCCGUGGUCUACGGUGGGAUCUCCAGGCUUCAGGCCGACCUGAACUGCCUGAGAGACCUGGUGGCCUCCGAGGUGCCCUGGAAGUACGUCAUCAACACCUGCGGGCAGGAUUUCCCCCUGAAGACCAACAAGGAGAUCGUCCAGUACCUGAAAGGGUUUAUAGGGAAGAAUCUGACGCCCGGGGUGCUGCCCCCAGAUCAUGCCAUUGGACGGACUAAGUAUGUACAUCAGGAAUUAUUAGACAGCAGAAAUUCCUAUGUGCGCAAGACAGCACAGUUAAAAUCCCCUCCUCCUCAUAAUAUGACCAUCUACUUUGGCACUGCCUAUGUGGCCCUCACAAGGGAAUUUGCUAACUUUGUCCUGCAAGACCAGCAAGCCCUGGACUUACUUUCCUGGUCCAAGGACACCUAUAGCCCUGAUGAGCAUUUCUGGGUGACACUUAACAGGAUUCCUGGUGUCCCUGGCUCUAUGCCCAAUGCAUCCUGGACCGGAAACCUUCGAGCUGUAAAGUGGUUUGACAUGGAAGAUAAACAUGGAGGCUGUCAUGGCCACUAUGUACACGGCAUUUGUAUCUAUGGAAACGGAGACUUAAAGUGGCUGAUGAAUUCCCCCAGCCUAUUUGCUAACAAGUUUGAGCUCAAUACUUACCCCCUCACUGUGGAGUGCCUGGAGCUGAGGCUUCGAGAAAGAACCCUCAAUCAGAGCGAAACUGCCAUACAGCCCAGCUGGUACUUUUGACCUACAGCAGCUCACUCCUGAAGGGAAACACAGUUGGCAGGAGGAGCUGGCUUUGUAGGAGACUUGUCUUGGUGACAGUAAGGGUUUUAAGACUGCGGGAAUGGCGACUUCAAGCCUGGCAAUGUCAUUAGACACAACACACCCACUGGAUGUUGUGAAGGAUGUGCUGAUACCAGCGGGAUAGCUGUGUGGAGCAGUCCUGGCACUUUGGCCAGUCUGGCAGUUUCCUAAUGCCCACGUCUGUGUUAGGCUGUUAUUCUGAUCAGUGAUAAACUGAGAUGUCACCAGAUCACUUCAUAAAAUGUUCCUCAUAGAAAUAGGUCCCAGAGGAGAGAGAAUGGUAGGUCGUAUUGUACAGGAAAGUGGGAAUUGAGUCUCUGGAGGAAUCUUUGAGGGCGCAUGAGCAGCCUCUGCCCUGCUUACGCACACACAGGCAGAGGCGCCCCCCUUACACAGGGUGGAUCUCAUUCCCGAGGUCCAGUACUAUGCGUCACUUCACCUACUAGAGGUGUGCAUGCAGUUAGACCUCUGAAAACCAGAGACAGAGCCAUUGCUGCCGCAACAAAAGGACCUCAGCAAUGCAAAACAGUUCUCUGCUGAAUGCCGUAGGGCUCAGCUUUUCCUUGCUUCCCAUCCAGAGCUGAGAAACCCCCUCAAGGAUGGAGAUGUCUUGCCAGGGGACAUGUGCAUGUCCAGCUUGGAGCUGGGGAUGCCUCAGAGCAAACACGUUGCCUAACUCCUCCCCCACUGUUAUUCUCCUGACAACCAGAGACCAGAUCCACCGGCAAGGCUUCACCACGGCAUGGUGGUGAGGCCCGGAGCUGAGAGUUUCCAUUGUGGGCGAGCACCUCCACGCAGCCCCCAUGCACGCACUUAGCCCACAUGCAAUGAAUAUUUGAGGGCCUAGGACCCUCUGAGUAUAUGCCGAGACAAGAGGGACAGCAGGACGGAAGCUUUCACUGCAUACCUCUCAGAAAUAAAGCUGGGUGUGGCAGCACGAUCUUUCCUAGUUCGGAGUCUGAGAUGGAAGGAUGAAGGAUGCUCUGCGUUUGCAUACCAGGGACAGACUGACACAGACACACACACGCACAACUCCAAGUGGAUGUAACCUGCUGUGGAGCCUCGGUGUGAUCUCAUGUUGUGAUAUCAGACAAAGGAGGUUAUCAGCAGCAGAAUUAAAUCCGAUCACUUGGAAGGAAGCAGCAGGGGACAGUGGAAUCCAUCUCCAGCCUGCUGCAUUCUAGCUGUUCCACAGGCCUCCUCUUCACUUCAUGCAAACCUCAGAAAGGUCUCACGUGGUUCUCCAAAUCACCCCCAUUUUGCAGAUGGAGCAGCUGAGGCCUAGACAGAGUAACAUGCAUCAGGGAACUAAUUCUCUACUGAGAAUAGGGAUUCUCUUACGGGUCUUUUCAGUUCAUUUCCUGAGGUGGAAUAUCAAGAGAAGGUGAAAUAAAGCCAUAUUUAAUAUAACAGAACAGGUAAAUUUUAAGAAGGGUCUCAGUGUUAAUAUUGAGAAAAAGUCCUGGCACCUCAGAAAAAUGUGAAGUCUACAUUAGUAUGCUAGUCCAACGUUCCUAAAUAUUUAUUUAUUCUCUUGAAAAACACGCAACUGAUACGUUUAGUUAACACAGUUUUAUUUUUUCUAUAAUUGUACCUGUUGAAUGUUAAUCACAUUUAAAGGGAAUGACUUCAAUGUAAAACUCUUUGUCUUGCUACUGAAAAAAGUGGAAUUGCAUGGGGUAUGGAAGAGCGGAAGGAGAGCGUGGGGUCCUGGACGGGGCUGGCGGCGAAGAGUUGGUGUCUUUCCAACUAACUAUUUGAAUGACCCAGUCUGGGAAGAGGCUUUGUUCCACACUGGAUCUUUCUCAUGUAGCAUGAGAAAUUUUUCUGGAUCAGAAGAUGUUUACAUGUCUGUUGGCCAUCUCUGUGUAGCUUAUGUCCUCAUCAUAUUGAAGAGUGGAGUGUGAGCUGCUGGGUGUCCACCGGCCCACACACGUCCUGAAACUACUGUAGCCAUCUUUGUUUUUGGUGAUGUUCUGGUCUCCCCCACCCCCUGCCAAUAAAUUAAUGCCUUGUUUUUCCACUUUG